AUGGAGGCGAGCUAUGAAACUAAUAAUAAUUCGAACAACUCAGAUCAUUUACGAAAAGGCCUUGUCGUAAAAGGGCAAGAUGCGGUAAUUGCCGGUUCAAUAUCAGGCUUACUGGCACGCCUGUUAACUGCUCCGAUGGAUACCGUCAAGAUCCGUUAUCAGUUGCAGGUUAAAACUGAGCAUAAAUAUACGAACAUUGUGAAUACAUUUAGAACAAUUGUUCGAGAAGAAGGUUUAUUGGCAUUCUGGAAGGGAAAUGUCCCGGCUUCCAUACUAUAUGUACUGUAUGGAUCAUUACAGUUUACAUCAUACGCAUAUUUCAACAAACUUAUCGAUAAAAACUUCCAGUUGUCUCCUCAAAAGCACAGCUGGAUUGUGGGUACACUAGCAGGUACCAUAAGCAGCAUGGUCACGUAUCCGUUCGAUGUACUGCGUACUCGCUUCGUCGCUAAUAGGCAUCAUCGCCGUCUACGGCUGAUGGACACCGUUAUGUGCAUAAAACAUCAAGAAGGCUUUCUAGGGUUCUUCCGUGGAUAUUUAUUAUCAAUGGUGACAGUUGGAGCAUCUGCAGGAAUCAUAUUUGGAACUUAUGAAACACUGACUAUCCAAUCGGAGACUUUCAAUAUUCCAUGGAUCGGUAAUUGCGCAAGCACUGUUGCCGCUGUAGCUUCAAAAACUAUCACUUUUCCAAUCGAUACAAUACGAAGACGAAUGCAGGUGAUGGAUUCAUCAGCCAUAGACACAUUUACACGUCACCCCAAUACCUACCGUUCAUACAGGGGCUCAUCAUUUAUUUCAAUUGCUACUCGCAUAAUUCAACAAGAGGGUAUUUCUUCGCUGUACAAAGGGCUUUCUAUGGCCCUUUGUAAAAGCGCUCCGUCUACCAUAAUUACACUUUGGACUUAUGAACGGGUAUUAUCACUAUUAUCGACCCAAUAA